AUUUCCACCCAUUAGAAGGAAUACCAUUUCUAACUCCUUCAAAUUACCCAACAACAGAGGGAACAAGAAACGCCCCCGCCCCCAUCUCACAAGCUAUUCCAAUUCGAAAUUCUUUGCUCCCAAGCUAGACAUCAGCAUAAAUCCUUGCCAAUCAUUCGCUUCAUCAUGCAAGGAACCCGCCCUAUAAUUGCCCUCGACCUGGUCUUUUUGCUGUUGGGUCUGAAUAACAAUCGGACAAAAACAGUGACAGGUUUGAGUUUGUCCAAGAACAUACAAUUCUUGCUCAUUCAUCAGUUAUAAUUAGAGAGAGUGAGACAGAGAGAAUGAGGAAAGAGAAAGUGGGUCUGGUGGCGUUGGUGAUAAUAGUGUCGAGCUGGUGUGUUUCUCCCGCUUCUUCUUCUUCUUCUAGAGGUGAGAUGAGCAGAGGCAAAGCACCCGUGACUUUCGGGUCGCCGUCAUCGUCGCUAGCUCUCAAUCGGGUCGGGUCAUCCGUUGUCUUUUCACUUCACGGCAAUGUUUUCCCAACUGGGUCUUAUAACACAACCAUUUUUGUUGGGCAACCACCAAAGCCUUACUUUGUUGAUCCUGACACUGGUAGUGACCUCACAUGGCUCCAAUGUGAUGCCCCUUGUCGACGAUGCACCCAGACACCACAUCCCCUUUAUCGACCCAACAGCGACCUAGUAAUCUGCAGGGACCCAAUUUGUGCGUCCUUGCAUUCAGGAGACUACAAAUGUGACCACCCGGAGCAAUGUGACUACGAGGUUGAGUAUGCAGACGGUGGCUCUUCUCUUGGUGUACUCGUAAAGGAUGACUUUUCCUUCGAGUCCUACGGCGGCGGGUUUCUUAGUGCUCGUGUCGCCCUCGGAUGUGGAUAUGAUCAGAUCCCCGGUCGAUCCAAUCCUUUCUUAGACGGAGUGCUUGGGCUCGGUAAGGGCAAGUCCAGCAUUGUAUCACAGCUAAGUAGUCAAGGUUUGGUGCCAAACGUACUAGGCCACUGCUUGAGUGCGCGUGGUGGUGGAUUUCUCUUCUUCGGCGAUGAUCUUUAUGACUCCUCCCGCAUCAUGUGGACACCUAUGUCUCGUGAUUACUUAGAGCACUAUUCUCCUGGGACUGCGGAGCUCCUUUUUGCAGGGAAAGCUACUGGACUGAAAAAUCUGUUGUUAGUAGUCGAUAGCGGGAGCUCUUAUACUUACUUUAGUUCCCAGGCAUAUCAAGCCUUCGCUUUCGCGGUGAAGAAAGAACUAAACGGGAAGCCCUUCACUGAAGCAUUAGAUGACCCCACGCUCCCACUCUGCUGGAAAGGCAGGAAACCUUUCAAAAACAUCCGUGAUGUGAGGAAGUACUUCAAGCCCUUUGCACUCAGCUUUAAUAGCGGUGGAAGAACCAAAAACCAAUUUGAAGUCCCCCCUGAAUCAUAUUUGAUUAUAUCGUCCAAGGGAAAUGUUUGCAUGGGAGUUUUAAAUGGAACUGAAGCAGGGCUCCAAAAUAUGAAUGUGAUUGGAGACAUAUCGAUGCAGGACAAGAUGGUAAUCUACGACAACGAGAGGCAACUGAUAGGAUGGGCUGCUGCAGAUUGCAGUCGAAAUCCAAAGUCCAGAGCCACCGUAGCCUGAAUAACAAGGAGCUCCUCAUCGUAUCUCUGUACUUCCAGAUCAGAAUAAUGGAAGCGCUGUGCUUCAAACCAAGCCUUCGCUUAAGAAGCUUAUCAUUGCUAAGUUACUUGUAAAUAAGCUAGGACUAACGUUUUCGUUUUUCUUACUGUACUGGAUGUUGUGUGUACAGAAAAAUUGUUUGCGAGUAUACCCCGAGCGAACUCAAAUACAGCCACGCUUAAUAAGUAAUCCCUGUUGAGGAUAAGUAGAAACUGAUCUUUAUUCAUACUCC